CUACACUGGUAAUCAGAAUCUCUCACUUUAUCUCUUUCUGUCACUUCUUGUCUUAUUCACAAUAACUAUUUCUGUGUUUCGUCAGUCCCUCUAUAAUUCACUUUGAGGCACGUACAAGACUGCUAUAUAAUAAUUGAAAAGAUUCAUCCUCCUGCAUUUAUCGCGUGUAAGUGAUUUAACUAGAAGAGACUUAUCUUCAAUAUUUACAUUUGUUAUCAUAUAGGUACAGUGCAAAGUUCAUGAUUUAUUAUUUUAUUUCAAGUUUAUGAUUCAAUCAUCCUAGUAAUCAAGGUGUUGUGUGGAACGUUUCUUCUUAAAUCUUGUUGAUUCAUUUAUAAAUGUGAGUAUGGGCGAAAAGUAUUUGUGCUCUUAAGAUACAUUUGGAAACUGCAUCACUGUAAUAUUUACAAAAUUAUUUUGAAGUAUUAUUGAACAGGAUUUCUUGCAAAAAGCUCCUCAAUAAUUAUUAACUGAAAUGGAGUUGCGGCUGCCAGAUGGUCUUCCGUCCGAGCUGGAUAGAUUUGAGGGGAAAGCUCAUGGAGAUCAUCCUCCUCUCAAGUAUAUGAUACAGGUGAUAACUGAGGAUUUGAUAGAAGAUGCUGUUCAGCACAUGACCAAAUAUUUUCUUGUCAGAGAAAAUAUAUUAUCUUCUGCAGCUUACCUAGAGGAUAGCGUUUCUAUGAAGGUAUGUCAUGAUCUUUGGAGAAAAAUUCUAAAAGUAGGAGUUGGUUUGGUGGCAUUGGUAGAACUUAAUGAAGAUGGAGAAACUAAGAAGAAAGUAGCUGGAAUAAAUCUAACAACCAUUGCAAACUUGGAUGAUGAAAAGAAUAGUAAAGACGAGCUUCUAAAGCUGCAAGGAAAAGCCGUGAAGAAGACUGUUCGAACCGUUAUUGAUCUGGAGAAAGAUGUUGAUAUUGCUAGCCUCUACGGCACUCGCAAGUAUUUGACGGCAUACGGCCUGAGCGUUGCGCCGCAGUACAGUGGAGAUGGAGUUGGGUAUCGGCUGCUGAUGGCUCGCACACCGCUUUGCAGAGCCCUGGGCAUUCGUCUCACCGUCACCGCAUUCACGAGCCCACUAUCUCAGUACUUGGCCAAAAAAGCUGGAUUCGAGACUGUAACUUCAUUGGACUACAAAACGUACAAGCAUGGUGACAAACUGGCCUAUCCCAGAUUGGACGGUUCUAUCGCUCUCAUGGCAAAACGUAUUCCAGCUUCUUGUGAACUAUGACAGUAUUAUUGAAUCCAAAGACAUUUUGUAAAACAAUUAGCAUGAUGUGUGGUUGCGAAUAUUAAUGGCAUUCCUGAAAUCUUCAGUUUCUUCUUUCAAAGAAGGAUAUUUUUUAAUGGGGUAAAGAUACGUUCUGACUUGUAUAAGAGGGUGAGAAGAAUGUCCUAUAUUCGGGUGUCAUAAGGUAGCGUAUAGCCAAACCUAACUCUAACCCUAAGCUUGGGGUUUUCUAUCUAAAAAAUAUCAAAACAUUCAAUAAAGCCAGAAUAAUGUCAU